UUCAUUGAUCUUCCACAACUUAUAACUCAAAUGGAUUAUCACACCAAGAACAUGUUAAUUUCUUUGUGUGUUACCACCACUCUUUUAAUAUUACUCCCGGUAGUUACAUGUACUAGACAACACAGGUCUAAUAGCCCCAAACAAAGGAGCUUGUUGGCCAACGAGCAAGAUCUCGUGACAAAUUUGCCUGGCCAGCCUGAUGUGAGUUUCAAACACUAUGCUGGUUACGUCCCUGUCGACGAAUCCAACGGAAGAGCUAUGUUUUAUUGGUUCUUUGAGGCCAUGGAUCUUCCCAAGGAGAAACCUCUAGUUCUCUGGCUUAAUGGAGGUCCAGGUUGUUCUUCUGUGGGAUAUGGAGCAACACAAGAAAUUGGUCCUUUUCUCGUGGAUACUAACGACAACGGGCUUAAAUUUAAUCCAUACGCAUGGAAUAAAGAGGCAAACAUGCUGUUUUUAGAAUCUCCCGUCGGUGUUGGCUUUUCGUAUUCAAACACAACUAGCGAUUAUCAAAAACUUGACGAUGACUUUACAGCAAGAGACGCAUUCACUUUUCUUUGCAACUGGUUUGAGAAGUUCCCUGAACACAAAGAAAAUACGUUCUACAUAGCAGGCGAAAGCUAUGCAGGAAAAUACGUACCGGAGCUAGCAGAGGUCGUGUACGAUAACAAUAACAAGAACAAUGGUUCAUCUCUUCACAUCAACCUUAAGGGUAUUUUGCUGGGGAAUCCUGAGACAUCAGAUGCAGAAGACUGGAGAGGUUGGGUGGAUUACGCAUGGAGCCACGCCGUGAUAUCUGAUGAGACGCAUAGGAUCAUAACCAGGACUUGCAAUUUCAGCAGCGACAAUACUUGGAGCGAUGACGAGUGCUCUGAAGCCGUAGAAGAAGUUCAGAAGCAGUACGACGAGAUCGAUAUCUAUAGCCUCUAUACAUCGGUUUGUAUAGGAGAUUCUGCAAGUUCUUCUUACUUGGAUUCAGCACAAUUCAAAACAAAUUCUCACAUCCGCUCCAAGAGGGUGCCGCCAAGGCGCUUGGGUGGAUAUGACCCAUGCUUGGACGAUUACGCGAGAACAUUUUACAAUAGAGCAGAUGUUCAGAAGUCUCUUCAUGCGAGUGAUGGAGUUAAUCUUAAGGACUGGAAGAUUUGCAACAUGGAGAUCUUCCAUAACUGGACUUAUUUAAAGCCCUCGGUUUUGCCAAUAUACGAGAAACUCAUCGCCGGGGGAUUAAGAAUAUGGGUUUACAGUGGUGACACAGACGGAAGAGUUCCAGUACUGGCGACUAGGUACAGCUUAAGCGCACUUGAAUUACCCAUCAAGACAGCUUGGAGGCCAUGGUACCAUGAAAAACAAGUAAGUGGGUGGCUUCAAGAAUACGAAGGGCUAACGUUUGCUACGUUCAGAGGAGCUGGACAUGCGGUGCCUUCCUUCAAACCAAGCAGCUCUCUCGCCUUUUUCUCGGCCUUUCUCACAGGAAUUCCUCCACCACCGUCACGGUAGACAAGCAAGUUCACGAUUAAAUGGAUGAUUUACUAAGUCUAAUGAGUCUUUUAAGUUUUCAGAAAAUCUUUUUCAAAAAAAAAAAAGGGUUUUCAGAAAGUUUGAAAGAUUUUGGGUUUUGUUACGUUAACUUGUCAAACACGGUAUAAAGGAAACAACAAAAAAAAGUUGUAACUAGUAAGAGAGAACUUGUAUGUGAUGAUCAAAGGAAAACACUUGUAAUCACCAAAAACAAGGUUUGGUAUUAAACCAGCUUAAGAUUAUAAUAAUAAUAAAAGGAAGACCUUC